GGCAGCCUUGGCUUAGCCUUGUGGGCCUGGCCGGGCCCUCGCCUCAGGCCUCCUGGGGUCCCUGUCUCGGGCCUCCCAGAUCCUCGCCUUUUCCUAGGACGCUGGCGCCUCUUUAUCGGGUUCGGGUCCAGAGCUCCCCGUCUUCCUGCAGGAGACCCCAGGAUCCUGUGAUUGGUGCCUCCUGACCGUGACGGCAAAGCCCCCCCACCCGCCCCCCGGAGGAACUUGGGCUUUUCCUUGGGUCUAAGAGCUUGAACUGUUGGUCUUCGUCUCCUUAUAUAAUGUCUGACAUUUUAUUAAUGUUUGUUGAAUUUGAAAAGACAUGGGCAGUGAAUCUGGAAAGGGAGAGAAUCAUUGGCUCUACAGUUUGCUGAUACUGACAUUCUUCAAAGUGGUCUUACAAUAACUUGCUUUUUAUAUAAGUAACUGCCUAGACCUCACCUUUCUCAUUGCAGAAGCCUUUCUACAGUUGCUAGAGAUUUAAGCACAUUACUUUUUUAAGAUAUCACCUACUUGUUCCCUUCUUGUUUCAAAAUGUUGAGAUACUGGGGUGAAAUACCAAUAUCCUCAAGCCAGAGCAACCGGAGUUCCUUUGAUCUGCUCCCACGGGAGUUCCGUCUGGUAGAAGUCCACGACCCACCCCUGCAUCAGCCCUCGGCCAGCAAGCCGAAGCCUGCCACGGUGCUGGACAUCCCCUCCGAGCCAUGCAGCCUCACGGUCCACACCAUCCAGCUGAUCCAGCACAACCGCCGUCUUCGCAGCCUUAUCGCCACAGCUCAGGCUCAGAACCAGCAACAGGCAGAAGGGAUAAAGACUGAAGAGAGUGAGCCUCUUCCUCCCUGCCCUGGCUCACCCCCUCUCCCUGACGACCUCCUGCCUUUAGACUGUAAGAACCCCAAUGCGCCCUUCCAGAUCCGGCACAGUGACCCCGAAAGUGACUUCUAUCGGGGGAAAGGGGAACCCGUGACUGAACUCACCUGGCACUCCUGUCGGCAGCUUCUCUACCAGGCAGUGGCCACCAUCCUGGCCCAUGCAGGCUUUGAGUGUGCUAAUGAAAGUGUCCUGGAGACCCUAACUGAUGUGACCCAUGAGUAUUGCCUUAAGUUCACCAAGUUGCUGCGCUUUGCUGUGGACCGGGAGGCCCUGAUGGGCCAGACCCCGUUCCCUGAUGUUAUGGAGCAGGUGUUCCACGAAGUGGGGAUUGGCAGUGUGCUCUCCCUCCAGAAGUUCUGGCAGCACCGCAUCAAGGACUAUCACAGCUACAUGCUCCAGAUCAGUAAGCAACUCUCUGAAGAAUAUGAAAGGAUCGUCAAUCCUGAGAAGGCCACAGAAGACGCCAAGCCUGUGAAGAUCAAGGAGGAGCCUGUGAGCGACAUCGCUUUUCCCGUGAGCGAGGAGCUGGAGGCGGACCUUGCCUCUGGAGAUCAGUCCCUGCCCCUGGGAGUCCUCGGGGCGCAGAGCGAGCGCUUCCCAUCUAACCUGGAGGUGGAAGCUUCACCACAGGCUUCAAGUGCAGAGGUAAAUGCUUCUCCUCUUUGGAACCUGGCCCAUGUGAAAAUGGAGCCUCAGGAGAGUGAAGAAGGCAAUGUGUCGGGGCACGGUGUGCUGGGCGGUGACGUCUUCGAGGAGCCCAUGUCAGGCAUGAGUGAGGCUGGGAUCCCGCAGAGCCCUGACGACUCGGACAGCAGCUAUGGUUCCCACUCCACUGACAGCCUCAUGGGGUCCUCCCCUGUUUUCAACCAGCGCUGCAAGAAGAGGCUGAGGAAGAUAUAACAGCAAGCAAGGGACGUUUUCAGUCCAGACCUACAAGGCCCAAAAGAAACUCUCGAUGUGUCCACAUUUGUUUUCAUAACUGAUUUGAUUCCUAUCCUUAGAUACAAUGGGCCUAACCAAACAAGGUUCCAUUUUACUGUGGAUUGUUUUUUUAUAGUUUUCUACCACAGCCAAGCCACUAUUUGUGAAUUGAUCACAAUGCUGGCAUAAUAAUCAUGAGGAGACCAAAGCACUUUCCCCAGCCAUUGUUCUUCUGGCUCAUGACCCACGUUCCUUAGCUUCUCUGCAGCCAUUUGUCUUGCACAACUGAGAGCCAGAGCUCUUUGAUCUACCUGGCAGACAUAGGAGGACUGAGGUGCUGGAUAAACUUCAAAACUGUGCUUGAACAGACUCUUAUGCCAAUACCAUAUACCAUUUCUUUUUCGUCUAACUUGGUUUAUAUUUGAUUCAAGUCACUGAGAAUCCACUACUAAUAGAUAACAAGAAAUAGCUAAACACAACAAAGCUUUUUUUUUUUUUCUGAGCUGGUACCUGAGUUCAAGUUUGGGCUUCAACUCAGUGCCUUGAGCUCUUACUUGGUGAUGCUUUAUUACUUGAGAAACAACACCUGCACUUCAGGCUUUUUGCUGGCUAAUUGAGGAUUAGUGUCAGACUUGUCUGCUCAGACUGGCUUCAAACUGUGAUCCUCAGAUCUCAGCCUCCAGAGUAGUUAUGAUUCUCGGGGUGAGCCACCCUUUUCCAGUUAUCAGUCUUAUUUUUUAGGCUGUUUUUGCUCUCUAUGAAGUCUCAAGAAAUCAGAGAUCUAUGGUGACAUAGCCAUUUUAUUUAGAUAGUCUUCUCUUUUGUUUUUAAAGGAAAAGAAACUUGGUUCUAUUGUAAUAUUGUGAUGCCCAUGGCCUGGAAGCCACACAGCAGAUGAAAAAUAAUUCACAUAUUUGAUAGAAUUAAAGUGUUUUGUCACCU